AUGAAGAUAUUUAGAUUAAAGCAAUGGAUGAAGAAAUUGCAACAAGUGAAAAAAAAUGAUACAUGGAAACUAGUGGAUCUACCUGAAGGCAAAGAUGUUAUUGGACUCAAAUGGAUCUACAAACCCAAGUACAAAGAAGAUGGAACAAUUCUAAAGUACAAAGUACGGCUAGUAGCCAAAGGUUAUUCGCAACAGCCAGAAAUCAACUUCAACAAGACAUUCGCACCAGUUGCUCGAAUGGAAAUUGUUAGAACAGUCCUCGCAUUAGCUACUCAAAUGGAGGCACCCUUUAUCAACUGGAUGUCAAAUCUGCCUUCCUUAAUGGAGAACUCAAAUAGGAAGUAUAUGUGGAACAACCUUUGGGCUACACCAUCAAAGAAAAAGAAAACAAAGUCUUACAAUUAA